UUUGCAAUAGAUUUGUCUCGGUUCAUUUUUCUUGGUAUUCAAACUAAAAGCUUUGAAAAUCUAUGUAGUUCGCCGAAUUUUCUCAUACAAUAUUGUUAAUAAGUGUAAAUAUUCAAGUUUGCUUUAUAGCAGAUCAACCAGUGCGUAUCGUGAAGUUGAUUUCGUAGAAUUGGAGAGGCGUGUGUAACGGUUUGUGUACUACGGUGUGAAAGGAAGCCAUCGCUAAAAAAAGCGAACAGUGGCUAGAUGAUGGAGAAAAAUCAAAUGAACGAUACCGGUCCAGGUGAUGUGUCUCAUGAUGGCGAAACUUUGCUGUCACGCUCAAAGCGUAUGAGUUAUGAUUAUUUGAAUGCAUCUUUCGAGUUGAAUCGGAAGAAGCGCAAACUUUACGAUAUGAAUGACAUAUCCAGUGAUGGUAACAACAGCACUGCAGAUGAACGGUGUUUAGAAUCAUCUGGUAUAGCUAAUAGCACUAACGUAUUACAGAGCCCAUGGGAGACUCGACGAAUGAAGGCGGAUCUCAUCGAAGCGCGUUCAAGGAUCACGAUGUUGAAAAAAGAGAUCGAACACCAAAACACAGAAAUGGCUACAACGCAGCUUAAAAGUCAACAUAAAAUCUCUUCCCUUGAGAAGGAACUCAGUUACAACGUAAAGAAAGUUUCAGAUCUUGAGAAACAUGUAUCUACUUUGCGCAAACGAGAGAAAGCUGCUCAGGAAGAUCUGGUGAAAUACAAAAAUCAGUAUAAUAUUUUAAAGCAAUCGUCAGGAGACCAAAUGUACGAGUUGAGACGUGCUCUCAAAGAUUUGGAACAGCAGUACACGUUUGAAAAAAGUGAAUUGAAUUCAGAGGUUCGCGAUUUGAACAGCCAAAUGGUGGAAAUCGAAGAUCAACUUUCUUUGGCCCAAGAAGAAGUGGACACGUACAAGGAAUUGAACGAAACUUUGCAAUCCAAGGCAGACUCUUACGAUGCAACAAAGAAAGAAUUGGAUGAAAUUAAAGAAAAGUUAGCUGAAGCUGAAUCUAGAGUGAAAUCCCUGGAGUAUGAAGUCGGUAGCUACGAGGACUGGAAGAAUCUUUCCAAGUUAUCCACUUCCCGUUUAGCCAAUUAUGGUGAACAGGAAAAAGAGCUCAAUAGAUUGAAGGAAGAAACUAAGAAUCUUCACGAAGUUAUUGGCAAUAAAAUGCUGUUGGAAGAACAAGUGGCGAGUUUGACCACCAGACUUCAAAAUUUCGAGAAGAAUGAGAUCGAUGCUGUUGCCCUGAGCGUUAAAGUGAAAGAUUCUGAAAAGGAACUGGCUGAUUGGCGCCAGUUGGCAGCGGAUUUCUGUCCGAAAAAUUCUGCUCGUACUCCGAUCGUUGUCAGGUCGCAAAUCGAACAAAUUCUACAGAAAGAUCUAAUAUUGACUAGCGAGAAAACAUCGGUCAAAAACGAGAAAAGUCAAAUUCAGACAAAGAUUGACGAGGUUCGAGCUGAAAACGAACAACUACAGAAGCAGUUAGAGGACCACAAACGGUCCCUGCGAAAUCAUCAGACUAUAUUGCAUCGGGUGCAGAAAAAGCUGCACUUGGUGGCGGGUGAGAGAGACUGCUGGAAACAAUUGUUGGAUAGUUACGAGAAGGAUCUGACAAUUAAUCCUACUACUGUGAGUAGCCAGGAGGCUUCGAUGCGUACCAGAAUCGAAAUGCUCGAAAAGCAAUUGUCCGGUUAUCGUGAGCUGAACGCGAAAAUGGAAAGCGAAUUACAGGCAGCCAAAUCUAUGCCUGAUCCUGGAAUGGAUUCAGCCCUGACUAGUGAGCAGUACGAAAAAUUACGAAGAGAAAUCGACGUGCUCCGAAUGGAGAAUGAACGGUUGAAGAAAAGAAAGGAUGAACUGGAACUGGAGUUGGAGAACACCACGCUACGAGCCGAAAUUAAUCGUGAUCGAUAUAAGGUGAUUCGGUUUGCAGACAGCCCUGCAAACGAGGCGUACGAGGCACACAAAAACGAGAUCGAGAAGCUACAGGCGGAAAUUGAACGGCUCAGAAUACGCAAUCGCAAACUGGAGGAGGGCAAUGAUGAACUUACGAUGAGAUUGAACGACAGUAACAUGACGAUGAACGUGAUGGAGAUGAACAACCUGAAAGCACAGGUUCAAUCGCUGGAGGCGAAAAAUCAGCAUAUAAAAGAGAUCUACAAAGCGGCCAGCAACGAGUUCCGCGAGGUUUGCUAUAUGCUGUUCGGUUACAGAGUCGACCGUGUGGGAAAUACCAACUAUCGUAUCUCCAGCAUGUAUGCCGAGAGCGAGGAGGAGUAUUUGAACUUUCGCUUGAACGAAUCCGGUACGGUGCUGAACAUGCUGGAGACUGCAUACAGCGAGUCGAUUGCCGACAUGGUUACGACUCAUUUGGGAACCCACGGAUCCUUGCCGGCGUUCCUUAGUACCCUUACGAUGGAUUUGUUCAACCGGACAACGGUAAUGGUGCAGCGUUGAAUACUUAUUCUGUGUGCCGGUGUGAAGUACGAUCUUUAAGUAUAUAUCUAGAUAUUAUAGGAAUGCAUUAAGCAGUAAAUGUGACAAAAGACAGACCAUGUCUGAAAUGUCAAUAUAAUAACAACAGCCUCGUCUGUUUGUCACUACAGCAAUUGAAUUGGUAGGUCAACAUA